GGCUGCCAUAGGCACGGGGGCAAGGCUAAUCCGUCCCUGGAGCCAGAGCUAGCUUGGCUCUCAUCCACAUUGCACCUGAAAGGGCUGCUUCGUUGCACGGUGCUGGUGAACCCUCUUGCAAGGCUUUGCCCGAGACCGUUGGCACCGGGGCCAAUCUCCCCACGCAAGCCCUCCAUCUCGCCUUCUCAGCUGCCCCCUGCUAGCCUGCCUUCCUGUUCGGCUGGCAUUGCUCUGGGAGCGCGGCCCGUGGCAGGCUGCUCAUCUCCUGAUGCCCCGCAAGCCUUUUGAUGCCCGGGUGAAGGGUGGCCUUCCUGCUCCUCCCUGCCCCCGGAUCGCGCCAGGGGACCGGAGGGACACGGCAAGGGCCGGGCUGAUGCGCCCCGUGGGGCCGAGAGCAGGAGGACCAGCGCAGCCUUUUUCUGCCUUGGUUUCCAUGGCGACCGUGCGGGCCUGGAAUCUGAGCAGCAGCUGGAGACAGGAGUGCUUUGUUCUGCGCUCAGCCCGUCUCGGGCGGGAGCCCGUCGCGUUGUGGCCGGGCAAAGGGGAUGGUGGCAGGCGCACGCGGGGGCCACCCUGGCCCAAGCCUCUCCCCGCUGGGGAAUCCACACGGACACCCCCUGGCCUUUGUCUUCUGAGGGUGGAGCCAUCGUGCGUCUCGCAAGCUGAAUUGGCAGCCAGGUCCCUGUCGACUCUUCCGCAGGACAGACAGGACCUUUUCGGCACUCUGAAAUGGAUGCCGCCGAGAUGGCUGGCCCCAGAAGGGGUGUCCCGAGGGGGGAAUGAGCAGCCUUCUAAUGCGCAUCCGCCUGGGAUGUGGCAGACGUUUAAUGUUUGCUUCCUGGAGCACCUGGGAUGGGAGCCCCGAAAAGGGCCUUGCAAAGAGCCCUCCCCGGCGUUGCCAGGAGGAGGACUCUCUUGCCAAGCGCUCUGCAGCCCCUCUUUCUGAGGGCAGAAGCAAGAGGCCCGGAGGGACACCUGGAGGGCAGCACGUGCUGCAGUUUGUUGGGCCUGCGGGCAAGCCAAUGUCCAAAGGACCUUGCAGCGGAGACCGCUUUGCGUCCGAGAGCCGAGGGGUAGCUCUGGGGGCCGCCCCCACUAUAAGCGCUCUAGUGGGACAGUCGCGGCGCAGGUUCUCCAUGCGCUGCAGAGAUGUGGCAGCUAGGCCGCGCCCCAGGCCUGUUCAAGCAAAUGUGACGGGGUAGUCAAGGGUCUUGCCAUGCAACCCCAGAGUGGAAGUGACCAGUCAUGCCAAGGGCAUGAAUACUGAUCCCACAUCAGCGCUGAAUUUCCACCCUUCCGCUGCCAGACUGAUGCCAGGCCCGUGUCCGUAUCCAAAGGGGCUUGGCUCUGCCAGGGAGGGCCCCGUGGGCUCCACCCUCUUUCCUCCUCCAGGCUUGACUUCUGCAUCUGGGCAAGGACGGGCAGCCGGCCUCCCCUUUCCUGUGAACUCCGCCCAGCCUCCUCCCUCCCCCUGGGGACAGGCCCUGCUGCGGGGGGCCUCUGCCCCCUCCCCCGGUGCUGCUGCUGGAGGCCAGAGGGGCAAAGGACCUGAGCCCAGACAUCCGAGACAGCGGGGCCAAGCCGGUGAUGGUCUACAUCCACGGGGGCUCCUACAUGGAAGGCACGGGGAACAUGAUCGACGGCAGCGUGCUGGCCAGCUACGGCAACGUCAUUGUCAUCACUCUCAACUACCGCGUGGGAGUCUUGGGGUUCCUGAGCACCGGGGACCAGGCGGCCAAAGGCAACUACGGACUCUUGGACCAGAUCCAGGCUUUGCGCUGGAUCAGCGAAAACAUUGCCUUCUUCGGUGGCGACCCUUUGCGCAUCACCGUCUUUGGUUCAGGCAUUGGUGCUUCCUGCGUCAGCCUGCUCACGCUGUCACACCACUCUGAAGGUCUUUUUCAGAGAGCCAUCAUCCAGAGUGGCUCAGCUCUGUCCAGCUGGGCGGUCAACUACCAGCCGGUGAAGUACACCAGCUUGCUGGCUGACAAAGUGGGCUGCAAUGUUCUCGACACUGUGGACAUGGUGGACUGCCUGCGGCAGAAGAGUGCCAAGGAACUGGUGGAGCAGGACAUCCAGCCAGCACGCUACCAUGUGGCCUUUGGGCCUGUCAUUGAUGGGGACGUCAUCCCCGAUGACCCAGAGAUCCUGAUGGAGCAGGGAGAGUUUCUCAACUAUGACAUCAUGCUUGGUGUCAACCAGGGUGAGGGCCUGAAGUUUGUGGAGGGGGUCGUGGACCCAGAGGAUGGUGUUUCAGGCAGCGAUUUUGAUUAUUCUGUCUCCAAUUUUGUGGACAACCUGUAUGGCUACCCAGAGGGUAAAGACACCCUGCGUGAGACCAUCAAAUUCAUGUACACAGACUGGGCUGACCGGGACAACCCAGAAACACGACGCAAGACCCUAGUGGCACUCUUCACUGACCACCAGUGGGUUGAGCCAUCGGUGGUGACUGCUGACCUUCAUGCUCGUUAUGGCUCCCCCACAUACUUCUACGCUUUUUAUCACCACUGCCAGAGCCUCAUGAAGCCACCCUGGUCUGAUGCAGCCCACGGGGAUGAGGUGCCUUACGUCUUUGGGAUUCCCAUGAUUGGCCCCACCGACCUCUUUCCCUGCAACUUCUCCAAGAACGACGUCAUGCUAAGUGCUGUUGUUAUGACCUACUGGACUAACUUUGCCAAGACUGGGGAUCCUAACAAGCCAGUGCCCCAGGACACCAAGUUCAUCCACACCAAGGCCAAUCGGUUUGAGGAAGUAGCGUGGUCCAAGUACAACCCCCGCGACCAGCUCUACCUGCACAUUGGCCUCAAGCCACGGGUGCGAGACCAUUACCGUGCCACCAAGGUUGCCUUUUGGAAGCAUCUGGUCCCACAUUUGUACAACCUGCACGACAUGUUCCAUUACACAUCCACCACCACGAAGGUGCCACCGCCCGACACAACCCAGAAUUCGCACAUGGCGCGCCGUCCCAAUGGGAAGGCCUGGAGCACCAAACGGCCUGCCAUCUCUACUGCCUACACCAGUGAGGGUUCACAGGAGAAGUGGAACCCCGAGCAGGACGGGGCAGGCACGCUCCUGGUGGAGAACCCCCGGGAUUAUUCCACUGAGUUGAGCGUCACAAUUGCUGUGGGGGCCUCCCUCCUCUUCCUCAACGUUCUGGCCUUUGCUGCACUGUAUUACCGGAAGGACAAGCGGCGCCAGGACACUCACCGCCAGCCGAGCCCGCAGCACGCCCCUGCCACUAACGAUAUCGGCCACACGCCAGAAGAGGAGAUUCCCUCGCUGCAGCCCAACCAGGCCCACCACGGAGACUGCGAGGCAGUGCCAUCCCACGAUGCCCUCCGCCUCACCGCCUUGCCAGACUACACGCUCACGUUGCGCCGCUCGCCAGAUGACAUUCCCCUCAUGACGCCCAACACCAUUACUAUGAUCCCCAACUCUCUGGUGGGGCUCCAGACCUUGCAUCCUUACAACACCUUCGCUGCCAGCUUCAGCAGUACUGGGCUCCCUCACUCACACUCCACCACCCGGGUAUAGCCGCCAUGUGCACCCUCCGCCUCACUGAACCUUGCGCUGUGCGGUCAGACAUGGCAAAUUCUCUCGGCUCGUAGUAUCAAGUGCUUUGCUCUCCUUAUGUCCAGAGCAGCUCUAGGCUUAAUGGAGUCCAGCAGAGAAGGCCAAGCCCCCGGGCUGCUCCGAGCUGGGUCACCCCUUCUGUGCUCCCAGGUCCAGCCAGCGCUGCCAAGGAAGCACAGGGACCCCGCUCAGCCCUCUCUCAAAGGAGACUUCCUGGUGCCGCCUGGAACUACGUGACUCAGCCUGGGCACCUCCUAGUGGGCACUCCUGGGACAGAGCUUUGCCUGUCUCUCUCUCUCUACCAGUCAAGGAGCCACGGAGAACGGCUCCUGCAAGCUUAGCUGCCACCUUGUGGCUUGGGAUGGCUGGUACCUCGUGGGGCUCCGUGGACAGGUGCCAUUUAGGACUGGGUUUUCUAAUCCCCAGUACUGGAUCCUGGAUCACCUGGGCUUGGUGCUGGGCCUAGCAGGCGCUCUCUGGUGCCCUUGCUCCAUGUCACUCUCUUCAUGUUGCAGAGGAAUUUUCUGUCUGUCUGUUUCUUUCCAAAAGACGUUUUUUAAGCAGAUCUUUAGUUCUUUAAACACUAACGGAGACACCGUGUUUUGUCCUUUGUAAAGAUUUUAAACUAAGUGUUCUUGAUAAAGCCAGUUAGACACACAUCACCCAGACGUGCACAUCCACACCCCUCCUCCAGCCGCAUCUGUGCCAAACUAAGAAACCAGCAGACUUCCCUUGGUGUGGGCAGUGGCACAGAGCAGACCACAAGGCCCUUUUGUAUUUUUGAUAUGUCCUCCGUGCCAUUCCUAGCCGUAUGCGUCCGCUAGCCAACCAUGCUCCCCACACCCCUGAGGGUGAGCAGCCUCCUGCUGCCCUCUGCCCUGGCCAUCUGGAGUGCCAAGGCUCAGCCACGUCUGCCCACCUGGUGCCUCAUCCUUCAGCUUCUUGCCAGCCAACGGUCUAGCCUGGUCUCCAAUUCACAGCUACCCCUCUGCUGGGUAGGGAGAAUAGGCUGGUUGGUGAGACAGGGAAAGACUGCGCUGGGACGGAGGAGGAGGAGGAGGAGGAGGAGGGUGGUGCAUGUAAAUGCAGUGGGUUGGAACCCAGUGCGAGCAGGAAGGCACCUUGCUCCUGUGUGGCUGGCUGCCAGAGUCCAGGGCAGAGUGGGGACAGUCACAGAGAUCCUGAAGGAGGGGCUGGCUGUGAGGCUCCCGGUUGACUGAGACCCUGCCGCGGGCACCUCAAGGGCUUCCCAGCCCUGGGAAGGAGUGGGGGUGGGGGCAAAGAUGGCACAGCCCUGCCUUGACUGGAGUCCGGCCUGCAAAGGGCCUGGCGGGUCAGCUGGCAAGGUGAGGAUUCUGGACGGUGGGAGGGGGCGUGAGUUGAGAGGGGAGGGGCUGCAAGCAACAUGGGCAGGUGGCCAGUGGGAUUUGAUCCAGCCUGCCUGGAAGUCUGAAACUUCGGCGCGUGUCUCCUGUCUCUUGCUGGCCUCCUCCUCGUCGCUGGGGAUGUACUGAGGCUGCCCUGUUGGCCCUCAGCGCGGAGGAAAGAUAAACUCCCAAUAAACUGGAAGGGGUAUUUUU